AUGGGGCCAAGGUCCAGGCCCGUUGGGGACAGCGGUGCGGGGUCUGACCACCGAUGCAGUCGGCUGACCACUCCCCCCUGCGGCUCGCCAGCCCUCAACAGCCUGACGGGCGAGUUCAAGGGGAAGUACUACCCUCUGAAGAGCAUGACAGAGCAGGAGCAGCAGCAGCUGAUCGACGACCACUUCCUGUUCGACAAGCCCGUGUCCCCGCUGCUGCUGGCCUCAGGCAUGGCCCGAGACUGGCCCGAUGCCCGCGGCAUCUGGCACAAUGACAACAAGAGCUUCCUGGUGUGGGUGAACGAGGAGGACCACCUCCGAGUCAUCUCCAUGCAGAAAGGGGGCAACAUGAAGGAGGUUUUCCGCCGCUUCUGCGUGGGGCUGCAGAAGAUUGAGGAGAUCUUCAAGAAAGCCGGCCACCCCUUCAUGUGGAACGAGCACCUGGGCUACGUGCUCACCUGCCCAUCCAACCUGGGCACCGGGCUGCGUGGAGGCGUGCACGUGAAGCUGGCGCACCUGAGCAAGCACCCCAAGUUCGAAGAGAUCCUCACCCGUCUGCGCCUGCAGAAACGCGGCACAGGGGGCGUGGACACGGCCGCCGUGGGCUCGGUGUUCGACGUGUCCAACGCCGAUCGGCUGGGCUCGUCCGAGGUGGAACAGGUGCAGCUGGUGGUGGACGGCGUGAAGCUCAUGGUGGAGAUGGAGAAGAAGCUGGAAAAGGGCCAGUCCAUCGACGACAUGAUCCCCGCCCAGAAGUAGGCGCCCAGCCCGCCCGCCGCCCUCUGCUGGAGCCCCAGCCCGAGGGAGGAGCCGGCCCCCCGGAGGCCCGCCCCUUCACCCCUUGCCCCGCCCCUUUCCUCCGGAGGCCCAAUCAGGGGUCGGUCCACCGGGGGCUCCAUCCACCCUUCUCGGAGUUCCGAUUCCAACCACAGUUCCAACCAAUGGGCUCCAUCCUCUGGGUUCUGGCCAAUGAGAACCCUCCCUCGCGCCCUCUCCUUUUCCGGAGCUCCGCCCACCACCUGGAGCUCUGGCUGAUGGAGAGGUGCCCAGCACAUCUGGGGCUGAUGCUUUCUCUCCACUCAAAGCAACAAAUAAAAGCAAUGGUGGCCUUA